AGAACCCAGGCGUCUUGGCUCGUGCCCUGCUCACUAAAGCACCACUCUGCCUCUAUGGGAGCCAGUGCUUUUAAUUGGUUUCGGUAGCAUGAAGCUUCAGAUUGAACUAGUUCGUUCUGGCACAUGUGACCCAGAAUCUCUCCCUUGUGCAGAAAUGGACGGGAUGCUGGCUGAGUUCUCUGUGUCCUGGACCAGGCCUUGGCCGGCAGGUGGAUGUAGCCACGAACCCCUGGAUUCUACCGCACUCCAGCUGGCCUUCGAGCUCCACGAAAGGCCUGGGGUUCUGAUGAUGGACUGUCUGGCAGUAAAACAGUUCAUACACAAGAUCAGCUUGGUGCACCCAAAGAUCAGAUUCCAUUACUGUGUGAAUGUGAAUGGCGCUGUGUCUGCGGAGACGUACUGUGGAGAGAAGAGAGAGAGUACAUGUGUACUGAAUGGAAUAAAGCUCCUUACUGACCAGAGACACUAUAUAAGGGUUGUGGACAGCUUGGUGUCCCGUGGCGCAAACUUCCUCUGUGACAAAAUCCACCCUGUGCUGGGCAGGGCUGUCAGCCUCCUGAUUCCCCAUGAAGUGGCUGAAACUGGCUUCACUGGGGAGCUGGAAGUCACGCCAGCUGCCGCGCUGUGCCCCUGCCUGAAGUUGUAUCCCAAUCAGCCUGCUAAGAUUGCUGCUGUCUCCAUAUUUUUCUACGACCCCGCGGGUUUGCCCAUAUCAUUCUAUGCAAAGGGGAAAUCAUCUUUGUUCUUCAAUGACCCAUCGAACUUAGCAGAAUGGGAGAAGUACAGCUAUAGUGCGACACUGGACUCAGAUCCAGGGCAGGAAGAAGAUCAAGUGAACCCAGAUGUCAGAUAUAAACUUCACUGGGACGGUGGAAGCCAAGAAGAUGAUCCAGACACUUGGGAGCAGACUCUGUUGCUCUUCCUCUUUCUCCACUACUCAGACCAGUUUCAAGAUAAGCCAUUUUAUGAUUUCUGGACCCGGCGCAUGAUUGCAUCCCAUAUGGACCAGAUUCUCCUGUGCAGCCAGGAGGCAGUGAAGCGUGGAGUCCAGGCUGUCAUUGACGCAAUGCUACAGGAGCACUGCAAGAGAGGGAAGAACCAGCAGAGGUUGAAGCUGUCCCGGCCCGUCAUCCUAGGUGCCAUUUCCAGCGUGGUGUCCAGCAGCACUAACAGCCAGUUCAGACGGGAAUGUCUGCAGAGUUUGCAGGUUUCAGAUACCCCAGAGCUAAUGGCAGCCAUUCAAACAGCCUUUGAAAAUGUCACUCGGAAGCGACUGAUGCCCAAUGGCACAUGCAGCAUCACAAAAGUAAGUCAGUUUCACCCUGUGGCUCCCUCUUUGACCUUGUAUGCUGAUCUGUUUUUGUCUGUCACCAUACAUAUCCACCCACCCACCAACUCCAUGCUCAUGACCAUGGUAUGUGAGCACCUUUUAGUCAUCAGAGAUAGUAGAGAUGGAAAGCUUCUACUGAAUCCCAUGUGGCCGGAGUCCCUACAGACUAUUCCCUGUGGAUUGUUCCAUCAGAAAUGGAGACACUCCACAUCAGAUCCCAUCUACCCCAUCCCUCUCUGGGACCCAGGGUAGGAUUACCCCCCUGUAAAUUAUCCCCCAGGGCCUUGUCCAGCCUGGUUUUCAAUGCCCUUCAGUCUUAUAUUAGAAAAAUAUCUUCAUCCUGCUAUCACCUGCUGCUGGGAAAAAAGCAGUUACUCUCUUGUAUUGUAACUGUUGUUCUGCAAGAUAUGGGUGUAGACCUGUACUCCACUCAGGUAUGUGUGCACCCAGCACUCAGAAGCCAGAGAACUUUCCCUAGCAAUAACCAUAGGGGUGGUGCUCGUGUCCUACGUCCCCUUGGUCCUUCCCCAGGCUGUUUAAGGGCUCCAACCCCCCUCGGUUUCUGCACACCGAACAUUAAAUGGUAACACUGCAGUGCAGAGGAGACAGAGGGUGGGUCAUGGAAGACACCUUUUCACCCACAUCUCGAAGAACAAUAGUUACAGUCCAGGUAGGUAACCACUCUUCUUUGAGCAGGUGCAGAUGUGUAUUUCACUCAGGGGACUCACAAGCCAAGUUAGGGGGCAGGGCUCAGAGUCUACUUAAAGAAUGACUGCAGUACUUGCCUUCCCAACAUUUGCAUCUGAUCUAGAUGCAGCCCUAAAAGCAUAAUGCUUGGUAAAAGUAUGUAUGGUAGACUAAGGAACUGCCCUGCAAACAGGGCCGGCUCUGGUUUUCUGACCGCCCCAAGCAAAAAAAAAAAAAA